AUGUUGGUCCCGUGGGGAGGGGUCGGGUGCUGCCUCAGCGCCGCGGCGCUGUAUCUCCUCGGGAGGAGCAGCGGGAGGGACGCGGAGGUGCUGCGAUCGGUGGCGAGGACCGGCAGCCUGAAGGAUUUGGCUGCUAUCUUGGACACUGCAAGUAAAGUCCUGCCACUUGUAGUGGCGGUUUCUGGGCGAGUUAGUUCAGAUACACCACUUAUAUGCCAACAAAGUGGUAUGAGAGGUGUAAUAGUCGAGGAAACGGCAGAGCAACACUUCCUGAAGCACAAUGAUGCUGGAUCCUGGAUUCAAGAUUCUGCUGUGAUGCUUUCUGUUAGCAAAGAGGUUCCAUGGUACCUGGAUGAUGGCACUGGGCGUGUCUAUAUUGUUGGCGCUCGUUCUGCGGCAGGGUUAAUUUUAACUGUUGCCAGUGAGGUUUUUGAGGAGUCAGGGCGGACUCUUGUACGUGGAACUCUGGAUUAUUUACAAGGACUGAAGAUGCUCGGAGUAAAGCGAACUGAAAGGGUUCUUCCAACUGGAACUUCAUUGACUGUUGUUGGUGAGGCCAUUAAAGAUGAUGUUGGAACUAUUCGGAUUCAGCGGCCACACAAAGGACCAUUUUAUGCAUCUCCAAAAAGCAUCGAUCAACUUAUCUUGAAUCUCGGGAAAUGGGCCAAGUUAUACCAACUUGCUUCCAUGGGCUUUGCAGCUUUUGGUGUAUUUCUUCUUGCUAAGCGUGCACUUGAUCAUUUUCUACAAAGAAAGCGCCAGCGUGAAUUUCACAAGAAUCAGUACCACAAAUUAGCAAUCAUGCAUGGGACUGAAUACCAAGAUACUUUGGAAGCACCAAACAUUUUCUUAAUUUGGAAUUUCAGAACAUUGGUGUUAUGUAAACUUAUGUAUUCAUUUUGUACAUACAGGGCUCGUGCUGCUGCAGCACAAAGGCAGGCUAGGGACGCUGAAGGAGGCAAUGGCACAUCAGACGGAGAGCCUAAGAAGGAUCAAUUGGUAUUAGAAAUAUGUGUCAUAUGCCUUGAACAGGAGUAUAAUGCAGUUUUUGUGCCGUGUGGCCACAUGUGUUGCUGUAUGAACUGCUCUUCUCACGUAACAAACUGUCCACUCUGCCGACGAAGAAUAGACCAAGCUGUCAGAACAUUCCGUCACUGA